AUGAAGAAAAUGUCUAACACCCUCCCGCUCUGUCUGCUUACCAUUCUGCUGUUGUCCCAGAUCUGCUCCGGCAUCAAAUGGCUGGCCCUAUCACACACACCUGUGUCCUUACACAUCAACCAGACCCACCACUGCAAGCUGCUGCCGGGCCUGGUGUCGUCACAAGCCCAGCUGUGUCGGAGCAACCUGGAGCUCAUGCAGACCAUCAUCGCUGCAGCACGCGAGGUCAAGAAGACCUGCCAGAAGACCUUCGCUGACAUGCGCUGGAACUGUUCCUCUAUUGAUAUCCCCAGUGACUCUUUAAGGUAUCGACCGGACCUUGACAGAGGCACGAGGGAGUCAGCGUUCGUGUACGCCCUGUCCGCGGCAGCCAUCAGCCACACCAUCGCACGGGCGUGCACAUCGGGGGACCUGCGGCUGUGUUCAUGUGGCCCCAUCCCCGGAGAGAUCCCUGAGCCAGGCUACCGCUGGGGCGGCUGUGCAGACAACCUGCACUACGGCCUGGUCAUGGGCUCCAAGUUCUCUGACGCCCCCAUGAAGAUGAAGAAGGCAGGCUCCCACGCCAACAAGCUGAUGCACCUGCACAACAGUGAAGUGGGGAGACAGGCCCUGAGGGAUGCGCUGGUGAUGAAAUGUAAGUGUCAUGGUGUGUCUGGCUCUUGCUCCAUACGGACCUGCUGGAGAGGCCUGCAGGACCUAAAGGAUAUCGCCAUGGACCUGAAGACCAAGUACCUGUCAGCCACCAAGGUGGUGCACAGACCCAUGGGUACGCGCAAGCAGCUGGUCCCCAAGGACAUCGACAUCAGGCCCGUCAGGGAGAACGAGCUGGUUUACUUGCAGAGCUCCCCGGACUUCUGCGCCAAGAACGACAAGCUCGGCUCCAUUGGCACCCAGGACAGGCAGUGCAACAAGACGUCCAUCGGCAGCGAUAGCUGCGACCUGAUGUGCUGUGGGCGAGGCUACAACCCCUACACAGAGAAGCUGGUGGAACGCUGCCACUGCAAGUACCACUGGUGCUGCUAUGUCACGUGUAAGAAGUGUGAGAGGAUUGUGGAGAGAUACGUCUGCAAAUGA